GAAUAAAAGUAUUGUUUUUACAAGUUUAAUAAAAAAAAAAUUUGGCAUAUAUAAUUUACAAGUAAAAUUUUGUCCACAAUUUUGAUAUACAGUAAUGGAGAAGCUGAUAUUAUAUAUAGUAGAAUUCCCUUAUAUUCACAGUAACAGAUCUUCUGGAAUGCAGUAAAAACACAUUGAUUUGACAUUUGGACCUGGAGAAAAUAUCUGAGAACUGCAGAUAGUUUCUUCGGGUUUUUUAUUGAAAUUUGUUCUAAUUUCAUUCUACUCACAUAGUAGUUGACUUUUUAAUAUAACAGAUGAGUCCAUAAUAAUGAGUAAUCAUGAUAAAAUGAACUUUCAUUAUAAUGGACCAAUUUCUUUGGUUCCUUAUAUCAAGCUUUUACUGUAUUUAUUUUUUGUUGACUACAAAAUAAUUCUUUUGCGGGAAUUCAUUUCACAAAUAUAAUCAAUCAAUGCAGACUAAUACAUUGCCUGCCGAAGCAUCUUCAGGAUCAUAUAAGACUCAAGCAUCCAGAGUUAUGGACCACUUGGAACUGAAUGAUCUAUCAUGAUAGUGCUACAGCCUACUCAUCCAUCAAAAUGCAGCAGUGUUUGAUCCAAAAUAACAUAGGUGCCAUUCUUCACUCUUCCUAUUUCCCUGAUUUGGCCAUCUGUGACUUUUUCAGCUUUCUUAGAAUGAAGACAAACCCUGAAAGGGCAAAGAUUUGUUACAUUUGAGGGGAUUCCAGAAGAGACAAGGAUUGUGCUGAAAAGCAUGAAGAAACAGGACUUUCAGGUGUUCCAACAAUGACAGAAUUGCUGGGACCAUUGCAUCAACUCCCAAUGGGACUGGUUACUUUGAGGGGGAUAGUGGCCACUAAAAUUUCAGCAUUCUCAGUGAUCCAUUUUAUAAAGAUGCCAUUGAAAAUUCUGCUAGUUAUAAUACUCGUCUUCGUGUAGAAAGGAAAAUGAGAUUACCAUUUUUAGAUGCACAAACAGGUGUUGCUCAGAGUGACUGUGCUCUAUGGAUGCAAAAGUGGCAAAGAAUGCCAGGAAUGAAUGAUGGACAGCUAUAUACUUAUCCUGCAAAAAGAUGGAGGAAGAAGAGAAGACAGUAUCUUAUGAAUGAUCGCUAUUUAACUUGUCGUACUAAGGAAACAGAUACCAAUGAAACAGAUAUGCACCAAAUAAGUGUCAUGGAAAACUCUGCUGCACAAGUUGAAGGAGAUGUAGAAAGUGCUGACAAAUUAACAGAAGAUUCAAAAGAUUCUUGGUAUAAAGAUUUUGAUGAAGCUAGUGAUCCUCCAGAUAUUGGAGAACUAGAUGAUGGUGAUUCUGAUUAUGAUGAGUAUGAAGAUUCAUAUUUAAGAAAAAAGAAAAGAAAGGUACGGAAUACUCGGUCAAAGAAGAAAACAGAACGCAAUGAUUACAGUGCAGAAACAGAAAAACCCUAUAGUUGUGAACUUUGUGGUGCUCGCUACAAGACUCGUCCAGGCCUAUCUUAUCACUAUAUGCAUAGUCACAAUAGUGUAUCAGCAGAAAACACAGAGGAGGAUUCAAGCAAUGCACCUUCUAAUGCAUCACCUUCAUGUCAUGUGACAGGAUCAACACCACCUUCAGCUGGACCUUCCAGUGACAAUCCACUUGCAGGUUUGAGGAAAUUUCAGGACAGCUUCCUAUCUUUCCUAAAGAUUCCAAGCAAUGGUCAGAAGAGUGCCUCUGGAAAAUCUGGAGUAUCUGCGAGUCCUUAUUGUGAUUUCUGUCUAGGUGAUAAUGUAGAAAAUAAAAAGACGAGACAGGCUGAAGAACUUGUUUCAUGUGCUGAUUGUGGCAGAUCAGGCCUAGACAUUAACUUUAUCAGUGAAGACUAAUAUUGAAGAGUCUUUUUAAGAAAAAAAAAAUACUGUUGCAAGAUCCAAAACAUCAAAAGAAAUAACUCCGAUACAAGAGUUUGUAAGGUAAAAAAAAUUUUUUUGUAUUAAACUAUUAAUACCAGUACUAGAAUUUCUGACUACAAAACAUAAGUUAUAAUUUCAAUAAUAAUAACUUAGUAUAAAACAGAAUUGUUAUAAAAUUAGAAAAUUUAUAAAAAUGAAAUUUCUCGUAACAGACAAUACAUAAAAUGUGUCCUUUUCACAUUUAUAAAUAAUUAAGUGUCUUCUGAGCUGAGUCAAUCUUUCUUUAGAGAUUACUCAUCUGUCUUAAUAUGUAAAAUAUUAUAAUCUUCCCUCUGGUGAAGGCACAAUCAAUUAAAAAGUAUACAUUUGAUUAAAAAAGUUGCCAGGACAAUAAGUGCAAUAAGAAGUUUCAGGACAUAUUUUAUAUAUUGUCUGUUAC